AAAAAGUUCCACUUUAUAUUUGUCAUACUAAUUGUUAUUUGAAACGGUAUUUGUCGUACACGUUUAAGCUAGAAGUGUAAUUCGAACUUUAAAAUGUGCGUAGAGGUCAGGACCAUUGUGCUUUGUAGACAACUUUUUUGAUAUCUUUUAUACUUUUAUUAAUUACUUGUGUGCUUUGGGCAGGAUUGAAAUGAACCCAACUUUCAUUUACCUUGUUAAAUACUUAGGUACAAAACUCUGUUUUGGAUGAGACUUUGCUUUAUGACCAAUUAUCCUAUUUGCACGUAGUCAAUUUGUAGUGUUUCUGACUCGUAUCUAUUCCUCAUGCUGUUAUCUAAAUGAGGUUUUAGGAGCAAUUGCUCUUAGCUUUUUGUCCAAUUUUUAAAGGGAUUUAUUUCUUCAACAUUCUAACGUGAUGACUAAACCGUCUCAGUGUGUGCAUGUUGAUUUGUCUCCCCCUAGACACAUUCAUGGACAUUUAGUUAGCUUGCUGUUGCGUAAUAAUUUGUCCUGAGAGAUAAACAUUGGGUUGUUUUACCUGCACAUUAGGGAUGCAUCAAUAUCUUUUUUUACCGAUAUCCAAUAUUUUCCUUGCCAAAAAAACAAUACCGAUUUAUUUAAAAUUUAGUUGCUUGAAACAUUCUGAUCAAAAAGUUGUUUUGUUGGCAUUUACGUAUGUCCCCAUUACCAGUAAAACAAUCAACCUAUUUAUUUCAAUUACUUGCUGUUUCAUUGUUCAUUUGUUCAGUCGCAAACCAGGAUUUCAAGCAGUAAAGUUUCAGGUUUGUCCGUGGCCUCUUCCUCGGUGUCACUGUGUCCGUUUCCAUCUUGUCCAGCUGUGUAACAUUUCAUGUAAACCCUGUUUCUUGCAUUGAAGUAGCGGUCCUUGUACCUAGCAUCAAGCAUGGUGGCGACACCGUAAAGAGGCUGAGAGAAUGCCACGGAAUCGCUUGUUCACAGCCUCUGGUAGAGUACUUUUGCAAUUUGUGAUAACUGGAAGUUUUGAGCAGGCAUUUCAAUACCAUGACAGAGGAUGUCACAUCUGCUGCAGACGCAGUUGUUCGAAUGGAGCUAGCGUGUUCAUGUUCUCAAAUGCCAUUGAAAUGGCAGCAGCGGUAUGAGAACCAGCACAUUCUUGAGCAUGCAUACAGCUUUCCUCAGUACGAAAUCCUCGUCGAUCUACUGUGCUCUCAGGCUCAGCAUGCUCACGGGGGUGACAAUCGCUGAUCUAGAUGUCAGUCAUGAAGCUAAUAGCGGUGACACCCAUAGCAAGUAGCUCAUGGAUGUGCUUUCCAAAAAUACUGUGAAACUCCGGUUGAGCAACAUCUGAAAAAUAGCACAUAAUUGGUAGUGUGUACCGGGGCUCGAGGUGCUUGACCAGUUGGCGAAAGCCAACAUCACCCACGACAGAGAACGGUUGAUUGUCAAGGACAAUGAAUUACAUUAUCUUGACACUAAUUGAGUUGUCUCGCUGAAAUGUUCUUACUUUCAAAUGAUUGCACGACUUAAACUUGUUUAGUUGUUGGAAGUGUGCGCUUAGUAUUUUUAUGCUUUUCUGUGUAGGGCUGUAUUUUUCGUGGCGUCAUUACAUAUACUUACAUUACAUGGGUAUGAACGUCAGCUUUGACAUCGGUUUUGCACAUCGGCGUUAAACUAGACAGGGCCGAUGUUGGCAUUUUUGGCUAAUAUUGGCCGAUUCCGAUAUGCUUACCGAUAUAUCGUGCAUCCCUACUGCAUAUGGUCUUUUUUUUGCUGAGUUUUUGUAGAAUUUGACUCAUUUUCAGUCACACCAUGUGUUCUCUACUCAAACAAUUAAUCCACAGAUAAAAUGGGAAACCUAGUUAGUUUUAGUUUCCUUGAUUAAUCUCCUCGUUCGUUCUUCUGUAGAUUUUAUAUGGCUGUUGGCAACAAACUUGAAGGUAUAUUACCGCCAGCCACCGACUGGCGCGUGGACCUCGUUAAUCUUUCUAUCACUCACGUGGGUAGCCUAUAUGCUCAAAAACCAAUGAGUAGAUGGAAGAGGCGGAACUUGCACCGCACUAGUGCCUGAUUACACAGACGCCUGCAAGCAUUUUGGAUUAAAUGAUUGAAUAACGUGAAUUUAUUUUGCAAGCUAUAACACAACGCAGGUGGUCUGGUAAGCAUGUAAUGCUCCCCAUUGUUAGUCACAUGAUUUCCAACAUUCCAUUCAGGGUUGGAAAUUAACAUCUGCUGAAUGCUGGUAGAUUGUCACUGGCAGGUAAGAAUGUAUAUUUCACCAGCCACGUUGGAAGGUGGUCAUAGGGCAUUUUGGAACAGUUUUAAUCCAAAACCCACAUGUAGAAGUUGGUUGAAAUUGACAAAGGCUUAUAAAGUGGGACUUUCUCCUCGUUUCAUGGCCAGUUAUGUAGUUUAGGUCGCGUACUUGGUUGUUUUUCAAUGUUAGUUUGAGUUUGCUACAACUGUCUUCAUCUAGGCCUGUCCCUUAAAGUGCCAGCUGAAAAUGUUUCUCAACUAAUGUUUGUGCUUGAUUGAGCAUGCAUCACUCCUAAAAAUGUGUAUUCAUUGUUCUCCUAGGUUGAAUUAUGUGUCUACAUUUCAACUUAGGAUCACCUCAUGUACUCCUUGUAAAAAAUGUCAGCGUAGAGCCUCGAACUAUAAUAAUGAUAAGCUGUAUCACUCAGCUUUUUGGCAGGGCAGGCUUGAUGUUCAGUUUGAGCCGUUUCUGUUUUUAUUAUUGGCUCUGAAUUGUUUCUUAACAAACAUUGGUUAGAAGACGCAGGUCAAUAAAAAAUGAAAUUAAGCGAUUGUAAUUUUAUUUAUCUAGGCAAGUCAGUUAAGAACAAAUUCUUAUUUUCAAUGACAACCCACUGUUCCUAGGCCAACUGCCUGUUCAGGGGCAGAACGACAGAUUUGUACCGUGUCAGCUCAGGGGUUUGAACUUGCAACCUUCCGGUUACUAGUCCAACGCUCUAACCACUAAGCUACCCUGCCGACCCAUUACUUAUUACUAGUAGUACAUUUCUUUUUUUUGAAACAUUAGAAAGCGUGUGCAAUUAUUGAGAAAAUAAUAUUUUGUCUAAUUAAAUAAAGAAAUCUACCUGCCACAGUGGCUGGUGGACCUAAGUUAAUUUCCCACACUGAUUCCAUUCACUGUGAACAAUGCAACUUUUGACACAUCUACUUUGACAAGUUUCCCAACAAGUUCAACAAAGUUAGUGUGUGGUAUCUUCCUCCACUUUGCCAUUCAAAUCUGGAAUCCGAACAACUUUUACAGAUCUAGAGGUACACAUGUUUUCAGUGUUCAAAAGGUCAUGGAUAAUCCUGGAAAAGUCAUGGAAUUUUUAAAUAAUGUUUUCCAGGCCAGGAACAUUUUUGGAAAAUCCUAACAGUUUUGGAGAAGUUAUGGAUAUUAAUUUAUGUUAAUGUCAUUUAGGCAUAGUUUAAAAUAUUGUAUCAAUUGAAUAAAAAUCUACGUAGCAGCCAGGAUCAGAAUGACACUUUAUCGCAUCUGUUUAUGCACAUCACCUGCAUGUGCGAGACGAGUAGGCCGUUGCUCAAGGAGAGAGACAAUCGGACUUAACAGCACCAGGUAGACCUAUAUAGCCUAUACAAUAUGAUAGAGAACAGACUAACUAAGCAGCCAAUUCAAACAUAUAUUGUACCCUAUAGUUAACUGUUUAGCUGUUAUUAGCAUGUAUUUAUGUUUUUGUCAUGUCCCCAAAACUUUCCACUGACACUCCUGAAUAAGGCCAUACAAAGUUGAUUAAAUUAAAUGAUAUGUACAAUGUUGAUUAAUUUGAACCAGUGUUUCCCAACCCUGGUCUUCGAAUACCCCAACAGUACACCUUUUUGUUGUAGCCCAGGACAGACACAACUCAUUGAUUUGAUGACAAGUUGAAUCAGGUGUGCUUGUCCAGGGUUACAAUGAAAUGUGUACUACUCCAGGACCAGGGUUGGGGAAACACUGAUUAAAAAAUAUUUUUGACUAAACAAAUUAUUCACUUCGCCAUUGUAUUAGUUGGGAUUUGGGUCAAUCUUGAUUAAUCGUAAUGUGAAACAAAAUAAUAAUUUGUAAAUUGCGACCAGUAAUUUUAGGGAAAAGGAUUACAUGUAGCCUUUUGGAUUAUGUGGCUUCAAAACUUGUUAUAGAUACUUCCAGUUGAUUUGGGCAUCCAAUGUAUUGGACAUUGCAACUCAAUAGAUGCUUCUCAGUCUGCAAAAUAAACACUUAUAAAGUAGCUAAAAUUGACAAAAUUUCCUGUAAAUUUGUGGGCUUGCUUCAGCUGAAUAGAAAGAUUUGUAGCCUACCACAGCCAUUUGAUCUUUGAUAUGAAAUUAGUGAAGCACCAAGAUGGAAUUUGUACGAUUCCAAUAUUUUCCCUGUAAAAAAAAAGAAAAAAAGUUCCAGAUAUUUUAACAUUUUAGCGGCAUUCUAGUACAGUUAAGUAGUUAGAUCACUGCGUCUAUGUGUGUUAAGGCACUAAAGCUCGGUGCCAGAUGCAUCCACUACAGUCCCUGGUUCGAAUCCAGGCUGUAUCACAUCCGGCCGUGAUUGGGAGUCCCAUAGGGGGGUGCACAAUUGGCCCAACGUUGGCCAGGGUAGGCUGUCAUUAAAAAUAAGAAUUUGUUCUUCACUGACUUGCCUAGGUUACACACACACCACACUGACCCAAUAGUUAUUUUGUUGGCAUUUACGUACGUCCUCAUUUUACCAUUAAAACAUAAUCAAAACACAUUUAUUUUGCUUGCUGUUUCGUUCAGUUUCAUUCUCAACCAGGAUUUUAUCAUCCAGUACAUGUCAAGCAGUGAAGUUUCAGUUCUGUCUGUCCGUCUCCUCUCUUCCUCUGUGCGCACUGUCACUGUCCGUUUCCAUCUUGUCCAGCUGUUAAUGUAACAUUUCACGUAAACCCUGUUGCUUGUCUGCAUCGAAGUAGCGGUCGUGAUGUGAUACAGACUGGAUUCAAACCGGGGACUGUAGUCAUGCCUGCUAUGUGUGUGUACUAUUUAACUGUUCUAGAAUGCUUAAAAUGCUGCUAAAAUUUAAUCACUCAAUUUAUUUUUUUGGCAAGGAAGAUAUCGGCCAAAAAUGUAAUAUCGGUGCAUCACGAGUCUAUGCUACAUCAAAACUAUGAAAUAACAUAUAUGGAAUCAUGUAGUAACCAAAAAAGUGUCUAUCAAAUCAAAAUAUAUUUUGUAUUUGAUAUUAUUCAAAGUAGCCACCUUUUGCCUUGACAGCUUUGCACACUUGGCAUUCUCUCAACCAACUUCACCAGGAAUGCUUGUGUAUGCUUCUCCUUCACUGCGGUCCAACUCCUCCCAAACCAUCUCAAUUGGGUUGAGGUCGGGUGAUUGUGGAGGCCAUGUCUGAUGCAGUAGCUCUCCUGUCAAAAAGACUUCACACACAGCCUGGAGGUGUGUUGGUUUAUUGUCUUGUUGAAAAGCAAUUGAUAGUCCCACGAAGCGCAAACCAGAUGGGAAGGCGUAUCGCUGCAGAAUGCUGUGGUAGCCAUGCUGGUUAAGUGUGCCUUGAAUUCUAAAUAAAUCACUGACCGCGUCACCAGCAAAGCACCAUCACCACCUCCAUGCUUCUCGGUGGGAACCACACAUACAGAGAUCAUCCUUUCACCUACUCUGCGUCUCACAAAAACAGUGGUUGGAACCAAAAUUCUCACAUUUGGACUCAUCAGACCAAUUUCCACUGGUCUAAUGUCCAUUGCUCAUGUUUCUUGGCCCUAGCCAUGUCUCUUCUUAUUUAGUAGUUGUUUCUUUGCAGCAAUUUGACCACGAAGGCCUGAUUUCACGCAGUCUCCUGUGUCUUACUUUAACUCUAGCAUUUAUUUUGGCUGCAAUUUGAGGUGCAGUUAACUUUAAUGAACUCAUCCUUUGCAGCAGAGGUGACGCUGGGUCUUUCUUUCCUGUGGCGGUCCUCAUGAGAGCCAGUUUCAUAUCGCUUGAUGGUUUUUGCGAAUGCACUUGAAGAAACUUUAAAUUCUUAAUGUUCCGGAUUAACUGACCUUUAAUGUCUUAAAGUAAUGAUGGACUUUCUUUUCACUUUGCUUAUUUGAGCUGUUGUUGCCAUAAUAUGGACUUGGUCUUUUUUUCCAAAUCUUCUGUAUACCACCCCUACCUUGUCACAACACAACUGAUUGGCUCAAAUGCAUUAAGAAGGAAAGAAAUUCCACAAAUUAACUUUUAACAAGGGACACCUGUUAAUUGAAAUGUAUUCCAAGUGACUACCCCAUGAAGCUGGUUGAGAGAAUGCCAAGCGCGUGCAAAGCUGUCAAGGCAAAGGGUGGCUACUUUGAAGAAUCUCGAAUAUAAUAUAUAUAUUUUUUUUAAACCUUUUUUGGUUACUACUAUGUUAUUUCAUAGUUUUGAUGUCUUCACUAUUUUACAAUGUAGAAAAUAGUAAAAAAUAAAGAAACCCUUUAAUGAUUAGGUGUCACAUUUUGACUGGCACUGUACUUACAUGGACGUUUGGUUAAGUCGGGAAAAGUCAUUAAAUUCCAUUUGUCAAAAUGUGUAUGAGCCUUGUUUUAUUAACCGCAUGAAAUCUGUGCAACAACUGCCGUUUUUUUUUUUUUUUUUACAACUUUUCCAACAAGUUAGAUGACAACUUGGGUAUGAAAUCUUAGUCUGCUUUUCAAAUAUGAACACCUCUUCCACUACCACAAACAUUUUAAGUGCUAAAGCAAAGCCCCAACCUGUUUUACUUCAUGUGAAAUUAUCCUAAUUAGGGCCAGGAAUUGCUGGGUACCUCACGAUAUGAUCACGAUACUUGGGUGCCGAUACAAUAUGUAUUGCUAUUUGAUACUGUGAUUUUAUUGCGAUUCAAUGUGCCAAACAUUUUGCUCACCGUAUGUCUGCUGCAGAGAGCUGAGAAUGAGUUUUAAUAUCCCGAUAUGUAACUAUCAAUUUUCCCCUCCCCCAUCUACUACUAAUAAUAAUAAUCAUGCCUAGUACAGGGCAAUUUCACAAUAAGAGUGAUGCUGAGACUAAGAUUUCACUUUCACUAAAAUGUAGGCCAAACAAAAACCAAUGAUAUCAAAAAGUUAACGAACCAUAACUCUAUGCAUUAAAAGUAACUGAAGUAUAUUGCAUCUCUUAAACAAGUUGAUAGGCUAGGCAGUUACACAUCAAUAGCAGAAAGUGUCCCCUGAAUGUGCUCCUCUAUAGGAUUGCUCUGCAUUUGGCUCAUAAUUUAAUUAUGUACAAAACCCAACCAGGUAAGACUGUAAUAACCCUGUACAUACAAUGUCACUGAGGUGUGUUCUCUGUCGCCCGCCUCAGUAUAAGUCGUGGGGGCGAAGUUCUGCGUUCUGAGGGUGCUGAUGAAGUUGUAGUUUUUGCUGAGAGCACCCAAGACACCUGCCCGCACACACUGGCCCUGCGCUCAGUGUCAGAACUGACUGACAGACCGACGAUCGCCCUGCACACAGACUCUAUGGAGUGAUCUGUCCCCCACCACCAGCAGCCUGAUGGCCAGCAACGUGACCAACAAGACGGACCCGCGCUCGCUGAACUCGCGGGUCUUUAUCGGGAACCUCAACACGCUCCUGGUCACCAAGGCAGACGUGGAGGCAAUCUUCAGCAAGUACGGCAAGAUCGUGGGCUGUUCUGUGCACAAGGGCUUUGCCUUCGUACAGUUCGCCAACGAGAGAUGUGCCCGGGCCGCUGUAGGGGCCGAGGAUGGACGCAUGAUCGUGGGACAGGUGCUGGACAUUAACUUGGCUGGAGAACCCAAACCCCACAGGUCAAAGACCGCAAAGCGCUCGGCGGGAGAAUUGUACAGGUCUGAUUCAAUUAGUCCCACAUUUGAUCUGGACUAUGACUUCCAGAGAGAUUACUAUGACCGAGUGUACUCGUACCCAUCCCGUGUGCCCCCUCCUCCUCCACCCUUGUCCCGAGCUGUGAUCCCGUCCAAGCGCCCGCGGAUCAGCAUGACUGGAGGGGGCAGCCGCCGCAGCAAGGCCAGUUUCUCCUCUUCCUCCAAGAGCAGCCAGAGGGCAUCCUCAAGAACAAUGAAAACAGAUGACCUGCAGACCAUCAAGAAGGAGCUGACAAUGAUUAAACACAAAGUAGACUACCUGCUGGAGAGCCUAGACCGCAUGGAGAAGGACCACAGCAAGAAGUCAGAUGAGAAGGGUGCAAAGCCUGAGCCUGGACAGGUGUCCUCACAGCAGCACUGCAGCAUCAAGAAGGAGGAGAGCAUCAAGAGGGAGAGGGAGGAUCUCAACGACUCUGAGGAGGAGGGGGAUCUGCUGGAAGAGGAGGAGGUGAAGAGUCAACAAAGAGGAGGAGGAGGAUGAUGAUGAAGAGGAGGAGGAGGAGGAGGAGGGAGAGCAUGUGGUUGGAGACGACGAUGGUGACAGUGU